UUCAUAUAUGUCUGGCUUUCCUCGAAUCCUGACCAGGCAGAUGGUUUCGGGCGGGGAUAGAGCCAAGAUUAGGCGAACCAUUGAUGGGGGGAAGGAGAAAAGAUGCGAAGGAAGAAGAACAAGAAGUCGGACGAAGACGAGGAGAUGCGAUUAGAAGAAUGGAUCCAUUAGGAAGAGAAAACGCCCAAUUAGGAAGGAACGUGACUACGGGGCCGGGCUCCACUGCCUACCAACAAGUAGAGCUGAUACUGAGCUCGGAGAGUCCGAACAUCACGGCCCUCAAUUCUCUUUUCACCUCCCUCCCUAGAGGAAAACGAACGGGCACAAUACCGACCAGGUCUCAUGAUGAUCUUCAGGACAAUGGAGACAGCGGCCUGUACAUCUCGCUCCAUUCCUUACUCUACAUACCAUACCCCCACUAGUCCCCUAGUCACUCGUUGCCAGAAGCCCUAUCCUGGUAUCACCUGCAUUGCAUGGCAUAAACUAGCAUGAUCUCAGUUCUUUGCUUUCUUGGAGAAGACGGGCCAAGCCUUCUGCGCAGAAAAUGACAGAGCCGGAAUUGAAUAUCUUGCGCCU